AUGCCCAGAAAGGCUGCUCAGCCCCCUCCUCCUACCAGCAUCAUGGCGCCUGAAGAGGAAGACGACCUAGCCACUCAGGUAGCUGAGAAAGUCAUGAAGGCUUUGGAACCCAUCCUAGAGAGUCGUAUGGGCACUGUUCAGCAGUCCUUCGCCGUCGUCGCAAAACUUGUGGAUAUGAAUCUGAAUCAAUCCGACGACUCCAAGCACUUCCUCCAACGCAACCCUGACAUCAGGUACUUACUUGAUGCUCAGUCCGAUCUGAAUCGAGUCAAAGGUCUGGCUAUGUCUGAAACCAUGUGUCUCCUCCAGCGGGCUGGUGAACCUUUCAACCAAAUCAUCCGCGUGAGCCACAGCGGGCAGGAACUGAGGUUCACCUCCAAAGCAAUCCCAAAGCCAUACUUUGUCUGUGCCGAGAACGUCUCCUACGAACUGUUUUCCCAGCCUCGAGACUUGAAGGAUGCGUGGAGCGAACAAAACCAGGUGGAAAUCGUCAAUGCCUUCUGGGCGCGAAAGAACCUCGUCUUGACGCUGUUUGAACUCGGACACGCGAAGAAGCUCGUUUCGGAAGGUAUAUUUCUUGGUGACAGCCACUUUUCUUACGUCAGACCAUUUGAACUGCAGUCGGUGCCCAAGUUCUGCUACAAGUGUUACAAGCCCAACCACCUCAUGAAGGAGUGUCAGGCACAGGAUUUCCGGUGCGGUCGAUGUGCCGGAGCGCACAAUACCCGGGGCUGUGAAAACCCUGCCAUCAGGUGCCCAAACUGUGGGAAAGAGCACGAGGCUUGGUUUCCACAGUGUUCCAACAGGCAAGUCCAGAACAUGCGCGCUCUUUGCAAGGAAUGGGAAAGCCAAGGGCCCUCAUGGGCUACAAUGUCACCCAGGGAGGAGUUAAACGGGUGGCUCGAACAGAUGACGAGCCCAGACCAAACAGCUGAGCCCAGACCCGGUCUGAAGAAGGGAAAGAAAAAGGGGAAUGCCUCCACGGAUCAGGAUCGACGUGUGACUCGCUCGGUUACUGCCAAGGCAGCCGCUUCAUCGACAGAGUCUGGAGAUCGGAGUCAGACUGAAGCUGAGCAUUGUGGUGGGCUGGCUUAG